AUGGGUGCCACAAACGGUUCUUCCGGCGUCUUCGCCAUCACCAAGACCCGGCUCCUGCUAAUUGCGUCGCUGGCCAUCACAUGGUGGUUUGCUCAUCUCCUGCCGAGCUACAAGCCCAUGAUCAAGGCCGAGUUUAAGUCGAGAUUGGACGAGGCCCGCCAGAAGAUUCCCAAGAUCAAGGUUGAUUGGAAACCUGACCUCAGCAAAGACCCGAGAUCCAAUUACAACGCGUCCAAAUUAGCAUUGAUCAUCGAGCCGCGACCUAUUUCGCACCUCGUACCUCAGCUGUUGCACAUGACCUCGGUGGUGCCUCCAGACUGGAGAUUCCUGUUCAUCGGCUCCAACAAGAGCGUAGUCAGCGUCGCCCGGAGCUACGGCAUCAAGCACCAGCAGGUCAUUGGCAAGCUCGACUUGAUGGUCCUCCCUGAGCCCUGGGAGAUUGACACCAAGGAACACGUCUUUCGCCUCCUGACUGAUCUUCGCUUUUACGAAGAGUUUCUCCCUGGCGUGGAAUGGAUUCUCAAGUUCGAAUCCGACAGCAUUCUCUGCUCCAACUCACCAACCAGCCUCAACGAUUGGCUGGACUGGAGUUGGGCUGGCGCACCCAAAACCCCUGAUGAUCGCUUCUCGGGCAACGGCGGCCUUUCUCUCCGACGAGUCUCGUCCAUCAAGAGAGUGUUGCAAUUCCAGGAAAGAUACAAUGACACUGAAGCCGAAGACGAGUGGUACGGGAAGCGACUUUGGGUCAUGCAGGGCGAAAAGGUAGCCCACGGAAAAAAGGGUGUUUUGGCAGUGGAAGACGUCUACAUGGAGAAGCCCAUGGGUUACCAUAUCAAGGAUGGUGGCCAGGGCAUUUCGGACAAAGUGUGGAAGAACGCCAGUCAACGGAAAAAGAUUUUUGACUACUGCCCCGAACUCAGCUUGAUUAUGGAUAUGAAAUUGGAGCGCGAGCGCUGCGAUGGCGACAACAAAGAAGGCGGCAUGGGCCCAACGGACAGCGAGAAAGAAAAGGCCAUCGAAGAGGCUAAGAAGCAAGAAGAAGAGAAAGAACGCCUGAAGAAGGAAGCUGAAGAUGAAAAGCAAAGAAAGGCGGAAGAAGAGCGCCAAAAGUCGGAGCAAAAAUCGAAAGUCACCGAGGCAGACAUUGACAAGCCCCUCAACGAAGACGGCAACACUUCGACAGGUGACGAUGAUGCCGAUGCGAAAGCGAAGGCGAUGGCUGCUGAGGCGCAGGCAAAGGCUGCCGAAAAGGCUCGGAACGCCUAA